AUGAGCGGCGUUCAGCAAGCUGAAGAGGCGAUGCCCGGCGCAGGCGUAGGCGACGUGCAUGUAGUCGACGAGUUGGCAGGUCUCACGCCUGAACAAGCUGAGCAACUGAAAGCCGAGUGGAGCCGGGAACUGGCAAGAGUCGAGGAUGAAAUCGCCACGCUGCGCACUGUGCUGCAGAGUAAAAUCCGUCAGAGCUCCGAACUGAAACGAAAACUUGGCAUCACCGUUUGGAAGGAGAUCACCGAGGACGUCAAUCAAGGAUUGAAGAACGUCAAAGAAAGCCAAGUAUACCAAAAAACUGAAUCUGUGAUAAAAUCGACGGCGGAGAAGACGACUUCCAUAUUUGGAGGGCUCACCGCCGGCGUAACACAAAAGAUUGGACAAAUGAGAAACUCCGACUCUUUCCGCUCGAUAGAGGAACGCGUCGGAUUCGCCUAUGAAAACGUUAAGGGUAAAGUAUCGUCCAGAUCGAAUUCGACUCAAAGCUUCGACGAGGCCCUGCGCGACGCGAGCCGUAGCGCAAGUGGCGCCACCUCGCCGACCAUUCCCGAAAACAAACCUUUGCCUUAA